AUGUCGCUAUUACGGCCUUCAAUUGGCAGAGGACUGCUAAAAGCAGGAGCCUCGUCAUCGCGGCGGCCUCUCCCAGGGACUGUCCGGUUCGACACACACACUGCCCUUGGAACCCCCCUCACGACAUCUGAUAACACCCCGACAACCACCCGUGGCACCCAUCCGGUCACCGAUGCACAAGCAAACAUACCGAAGCAUGCCCUGCCUGAUUACUCUGCAGAGAUAGAUCAAGCUACAUCAUUCUUUACACCGGUUCCAAAGAGGGUUCUGAACGGCAGCGAGGAAGGCGAUGUUUUACCAGCUGCUGUGCUAUCAGGAGCACCAGUUGAGCUUGAAGCCAGAACCGUUCGUAUAUACCAACCAUCCAAGCCAGCAACCCAAUCAGGAGACUGGCAUACUAAAUACUGGCGCAUGGAUUGGGACAUAUUGUCAAAGGGUCACCGGUGGGAGAAUCCUCUGAUGGGUUGGCAAUCGUCUGGGGACUUCAUGCAAGGCACAAACAUUACCUUCAACUCAAAGGAGGACGCCAUUAGAUUUGCGGAGAAGCAAGGCUAUGAGUACUUUGUCCAGGAGCCAACCGAGCGGAAACGUACCCCGAAGGCUUAUGCAAACAACUUUUCAUGGUCUGCCAAGAAGUUGAAGAUGAUUCGCACGAAGUAG